GAGAGUAGAUCAUCUCCACAGGCUCCCCAUGCUGACAAACACAUCACCCGAAACACCUAUUCACCUCUGUGGACGUUAAACCUGCAGCUCUGACAGGAUGGAUUUCUUAGACCGCGGCUACCUGGACGCGCGGUCUCCCUAUGAUUAUACUUUUAAUUUUUGGAACGACUACCUCGGCCUGUCGACACUUGUGGCCAAAAAUAAGAUCAACAGCCAGUCCUGCAGCCCCAACUCCAUCACCGAGUCUCUUAAAGCGACUCUGGGCUUGGAGGACGAUUCCCCGGUUUGUUCCUGCGUAAUUGGGCACGGCAGGGACAGCGACGGACACUUGGACUGCUGCUGCGCGGCCCCGGGCUCUCCGCCGAUCUCCAUCUAUGAUCUCAAGGAGCGCAUCUCGCUUCUCAGGCCGUACGAGCACCUCGCUGGCGACUCGCCGCUCGGAGACAGAGAUUCACCCUCCUACAGGGGAAGCUUCGCCGGCCUCGACCUGCUCUCCAUGGAGCGAAGGCGCAAACAGACUCAGAGGGGAAAGCCGGAGCCAAAGGUGUGCGUCUUCUGUCGGAAUAACGGCGCGCCGGAGGAGGUUUACGGCACCCACAUCCUGAAGACAGCGGACGGCAGGGUCCUGUGCCCCAUCCUCCGGGCAUACACCUGCCCCCUCUGCAGUGCCAACGGCGACAAUGCGCACACCAUCAAGUACUGCCCGCUCUCUAAAGACCAGCCGAGCCAGAGAGUGGUGCGGGGGGGCAGGGCGGUUGGUAAAAGGCUGAAAAUCUUCUAAGCGAGGAGAUGAAGGAAGUUUGAGUUGCACUGUCUGAAAUUACUAGUGUGUAUGGCAGUAAUUUUGCCCCAUUUCAUGCACAAGACAAGUCUGGAGAGAGAUUUUAAGAAAAUAAGAUUUUUAUUGUUUUGUUUUUUAUUGUAUUGUUUUUUUUCUAAGUGUCACUGCUUCAUCUGUAAUGGUUCCGUCUAUCUUGUAACUCUAUGGGCACAUAGUUUACAUUUGGACGCAUUGCGCGCAGCAUUUCUCCCCCAGCACUCUAAGGACUUGGUGAUCAAAUAAUGAACCAAAGUACUGUACAGAUCGACCUGUGAAUGACCACCUUCAUGCUGUAAUCACAAGUUGCUGUGUUUCAAGUAGCGCAGUGCCAGUGCAAACAGCCCUGUGCAUGUCAGCGGGCUGCUUUGGGUUUAUGAGAUGCCAACAUAAAUGAAUAUGCAGCACUCCUGAUAUGAGAUGAAUGUUUAGUCCCACACUUCAUUGGCCAGUGGAUGUAAAGAGUCUGACAGGCCAUGCAAGAUGCAAGAUAUACUUCUCUAUAUCGAGCACAUUUUUUUUUUUUUUCUUGAGAUAAAUGUUUUCUACCAAAGGAAUACACUUUUGUAUUUAGCCUAAAGGUAAUUUCUGUAUGUUUAUAUGUUGGAUGUCUUAUAUUCUUUAUGUGAUUUUACGUGGAUAGUAUUUUGCAGAUUUUAACUGAAUGUAAAACAGUGGAAGGUAGACCUGACAUGCAGUUCACCUACAUGCUCUUCAAGUAGCUCUAAGCUCUAUAUUAUAUAUGUCUUAAGUUCAAAAACACAAAUGCUCAACUGAUUUCCACGUAGAACUGUGUACCUGCAAUUCUUGUAAAUGUACAAAAGGGUUUAAAAACGAUUUUAGCAAUGAAAAGCCUGACAUUCCAAAGUCUUUAUCUGUCAAAAAAAUGUUUUAUGUACUUAUUUUUACCUUAUGUAUCAUUGGGAAAUAUAUUCGCUGUAAAUAAC